CGUUUCUCCAAAAAAAAUUGGUUUUGCAAAAUUUGGUUUGAAAAAUCCCGACCCACUCUCAUAUCUCGUCGCCAAACCCGCCUCUGACCCCUGCUUCUGUCCAGGACUCGUCUUUCUCCUCCUCCUGUUCCUGACCCAAGCUCCGCAGACCCUUAAAUUAAAUAAGAUAAAUGGAUGAAUCUGAGAAAAGAAAGGAAAGGUUGAAAGCAAUGCGCAUGGAAGCUGCUAAUGCUGAAGCAUCUGAUAGUGUUGAGAGUUCUGCAAUGCCUGGUUCUCUUUCGAAUCCAUUGAUUGAGACAUCGUCGAGUUUGACUGCUCAGGAUGAUUUUUGUAGAGCUCCGCGUUUUGACUACUAUACUGAUCCUAUGGCAGCAUUUUCUGGUAACAAGAGGGACUAUGUUCAUAAUCCUGCACCAUCCCAUCCUGGACCAAGGAACACUGGUAGGGGUUUGCCUGUCCAUCAGAUGCAAAGCCAUUUUGCACCUGAUCAUGGUGUAUACAAACAAGGUCCAUACAGCCCUAGAUUAAGAAGUCCAUCACUCAUGCAUCGAGGCCAAUCUGAUGCUUGGAAUGCACCACAGGCCACUGAACAUUAUAACUUUGUUUCUGAUGGAAGUCCAAGAGGAAUGUUUGGUGGUCCUCCCCAGCAUCCUGGAACUUUUCAUAGGGUCUGGAAUCCCUCUAAUACAUCAAGCUAUGGUAAUUUACCCAACCCUGGCAUUUCUCCAGCAGAUGGCCGUAAUUUCAAUUAUGGAGCAGCGAGGCCACAAAUGUUUGGUAGAAAUCCAAUCCUUGAUCAAAGACCUGGAGGUAGUCCUAAUUUCAGUCCAGGAAGAGGCAGGGGUCCUGGAUACCGAGGGAGCGGUGGUCCUGGUUUAGGAAGGAGUGCUGGACGAGGGCAAGGCUUUCAUGGUCGUAGCUCAGCAUCAAACAAGAUGUUAGGGCCAGAGUGUUACUUUGAUGAAUCCAUGUUGAAAGAUCCUUGGCAGCAUUUAAAACCUAUUCCAUGGAGAAGACAAGAAGCUGGAAUGGAUAGUUUGGGUACACCAGGCACUUCGAACUCCAGUGGCAUAAAAAGGGCAAAAGUUUCAGAGGCUUCUUCUAAACAAAGUCUUGCUGAAUACCUUGCUGCUUCAUUCAACAAAGCUGUUGAGGGCACAGAAUGAAGGUUGCUCAAAUCUGAAAUGAAUGGCAAUGUAGAAGAUAUUUGUUAUGACCAUUUAGGUUAUAUUUGGAUUCCAUUAUUGAGGCUUGAAGAUGGGGUGGCUGAAGGCAUGAAUGUGGAUAUACAUAUUUUUCGGAUAACAAUAUUGGGGUACACAUUCUGAGAUGGUUUUCGCCCAUUCUCAUUAAUCUCACCAGUCUUAUCUCGGGAUUCAAAUUCUAAGUUCUAAAAUUUGAUAACAAUAUUUUUCUAUGUUCAGGACUGGUGGGUUAUUUUCUCAUAGUAUACUUGUCAGAAAAUAUUAUCAUGUGAAUUAUCUUAAUGAUAACAACACACGGUUUCCGCAGUUAAAA